AUGCCCCAUCCAUUGAAAUCUAACAUGUGGAGCUGUGAAUCUUUGGCGGCGGGUAACAACAACCUGCUGAAGAUCAAGGAAGAGGUGGCCAAGCAACGGGCCCAACUGGAGGCCAUGGAAAAAGAUCUUGCGCACAUGGAGUCGCAGGAGCAUGUUGCACAGCCUGUUGAGACGCCCAUGGCUUUUGAAGAGGACACCGUCCCCGCUACAGAAGCCCAGAUGCAGGAGGCUGCGAACAAACGACCCCCGCCGCCUUCGACCAAAACAACUCCAGUCAAAAGCCUGGCAACUGUCAAGAAAGCGCGCCAGGAUGCUGCUGCUGAGCUUCGCAUGACAUCGGUGAAGAGCAAGGCGAAGCCACCUUUUGCAGCAGAGACACCGGAGACUGAUGACCCAGUGGUGCGGGAUCUUCAGAAACAACUUGCGGCUGCGCUCUCAACGAUCGAUAGGUUGAGCAGGGGUGAGUCGGUUUCCGGGACGCCCAAGACCCCGACUACUCGCACUUCAGUGCCAACACCUACUUCCAAAGGCUCCCUCCCCUCAGAGCCCAAAUCGAAGCCUGAGCAGCCUGAAGCCGACGCAGAGCUAGAUGCUGCAGACGCCGUCAAGCGCUACAAGAAGAUCGAUGCACAGUUGCGCAGGCUCUGCGAAAAGAAGCCCUCUGGUAAGCUCAACGUCCCUAUGGCAGUUCAUGAAUUGUGGCUCAAAGGGGGCAAAGACAGAGAUGAACUUCGUGUCAUGUUCGAGCAGUAUGACUUGAACAAGGAAAAGUUUGUGUCCCAAGUGGUCAAGAUCAUUGAGCGCAAGAAGGAAGAUACACAGAAGGUCAAACGUGGUUGGUUCACCAUCGAGCAAAUGAAGAAUGAGUUGAAGUGGUCUUCGAGCUACAUCAAGGAGGUGGUGGCCUACUGCAAGAAACAUGGCUUGGUGAAGAAUGACAAGUACAGCAGCAAGGUGUUCAAGUACUUUGUCGAAUAUUCAGAGACGGAAACGACCAAGAAGAGCUACACCGAGAUUGAGACACAAAGGUCAACUGCGGAGGGGAGUGAAGCAGUGACCCUAUCUGGAGACUGGCAUACCCCAGCAGCGCCUGCCAAAGAAUCCGAGGAGGUUCAUCCUCCCCAAGCGCCUGAAGAUGGUGAACUGGAAGUGGAGAACAAAUUCUCUGCCGGUAUGCUCGUCAAGAUGUCGAAGAUCACCGAUCUGAUUUCCAAAUUGGAGGGUCUCUGCAAUGAGGACAUUGGUGAGGGUGACAAAGAUCGAUCCAGCAAGUUGGUGUCCUCAUUGGAGAAGAAGCUGCAAGCGGCCCAGGCUUCGUAUGAUACCUUCGAGGAUGUCCGCACUCGCUUGGGUGAUGUGUCUCGAACCCCUGAGAACACCGGGGAGAUCAAGAAAGCCAUGCAAGAAGCCAUGGGGAAGGCUUCUGCGCUGGCAUCAGUGGAGGCCAAGAACCUGAGCUUCAUGGGUUGGCGAGAAUGGUUGGAACUGGUGUCUCUUGCCGGGACGCCAUCCGGCAGGAGCUUCGCUCGACGACCUCUGAAACGUUCCUCAAAGAAGGCUGAAGCGACUAUGGCCAUCAAUGAGUGCGUUGGCGGGCUUUACAAGGAAGGGCUCUUUGUCAAAGCGCCCAGGGCCGAAUAUUUGGCCACAAAAGGCCUUGUGUUUCUGCAACGGUAUCGCCAGUUGGCAGUGAUGCGCUUCAGGCUUCGAAAGAAGCGCUUCCCUCUGAUGCCCAAGGGGCAUUAUUUACAUCACCAAUUUUUGUCCAUGUUGCAUGCCUCGCGCCAAGGGCCAUGGUGUAUAAACAUUUUAGUUUACGCCAACCAGAUGUCAGAAGACUUUGUUGGCAAGCCAUCGCGGCUGUCUCGCAGAGUUUCAGCCAAGACCGCCAGUCUGCGAGUCCUUCAACGAAGUUUCCUUGCAAUUAGAAAUUCAAUUUGCUCCACGUUAGACCUUGGAGACUUAAAGCUGGGCACUUGA